AUGACGUCUCCCCCGGACUUCAAGUCCCUCCAGGACAAGGUCCAGACUGCGCUCGUGGCUACCGUCAAGUCGGUCAACCGUGUCUCCGCCGAGGACCUCCCCUUUCAGCGCGCCGUCAACCCCAACGUCGGCGACGACCUCGACGCCAAAACCACCCGGAUUCUCGAGCUCUCGACCGCCCUCCUCAAGUCAGCUGCAGAAGUCUGUGGACUCAACGCGCCCGAUCUCGAAGAUGCCGACGAUGUCGACAUGCGCUGGCGAAGCAUCGUGGACGUCGUUGACUCAGUCUUGGAGAAGGCCGACACCUCUAUUGACGAGUACACCGGAGCUUUGAAGAGGAAGGAUGCGCCGGCUGCUGAUGCCGCCCCCCAAGCAAAGAAGCCCAAGACGGCUGGUGUCGUCCGCAGUGCAAACAUCACCAAGCCCCAACUUCACUUCGAUCAGCCGGUCGACAAUAACGCUCAAUGGAAGCCCCUCAUUACCAAGAAGCCUCACGCUACGGUCCCUUUGGAGAAGAGCCUAAUCACUAGCGAAACAGAAGAGGGAUUUGUCCAGUACGACUACCAAACUUUCUUACCGUUGAUAUUUCCUAGAGUGCCAAGGUCCGACCAGGCCGCAUACAAGGCCGCAAGCAACUCGCGCAGGAGCCUAAAGAAGCCACUGUUACUCGAGAAUACUGACAGCAGGUCUAGAUACAAGCAUCCGUACGAAACCGAAAUCCUCGAGGCGAAAUACCCCGACCAUAUCUACGAACAAGCCGAGCCGAUUCCAUGGCAGCCCGUCGAAGGCACGGAAGCCAUCUACGUCGAUACAUACGAAGGUGUUCUGAAAAUGCUGAAGGACUUCAAGAAGGCCAAGGAAAUCGCCGUCGACCUGGAACACCACGACUUCAGAACAUACGUCGGACUCACGUCAUUGAUGCAGAUUAGCACAAGAGAUCAGGACUGGAUUGUAGAUACUCUGAAGCCCUGGAGACAGCAGCUACAGGUACUCAACGAAGUUUUUGCUGACCCCAGCAUCAUCAAGGUCUUCCACGGCCCGUUUAUGGACAUGGUGUGGCUGCAGCGCGAUCUUGGACUGUACGUCAACGGUCUCUUCGAUACUGGAAGUGCAUGCGAAGCGCUGCACUACCCUCAAAAGAGCUUGGCAUUUCUUUUGAAGAAGUUUGCCAACUUUGACGCCGACAAGAAGUAUCAAUUGGCUGACUGGAGAGUGCGCCCCCUUUCAGAAGAGAUGCUGUACUACGCGCGUUCCGAUACCCACUUCCUGCUUUAUAUUUACGACAAGAUGCGUAACGAGCUUGUGAUGAAGUCAGAUAGAGGUAACCCUAGCACGGAUUACAUCGAGAUGACGCUUCAGAAGUCCAAAACUCUCGCACUGAGCCGCUAUGGUGGUGAGGUGUUUGACCCCAAAUCUGGCAAGGGCAGCAAGGGCUGGUAUAACACCCUUCUGAAGCACCCUAUGCCCUUCUCGGGCCAGCAGUUUGCUGUGUACAGAGCCAUUUGGGAGUGGAGAGACGAGGUGGCACGGAAAGAGGACGAAAGUACCGCUUUCGUUAUGCCCAACGGUAUCGUUGGCGAUAUCGCAAAACACAUGCCACCCGAUGCCAAGGCUCUACAUGCUCUGAUACCGAAUCACGCCUUCAUCGCACGGAAAAACGUCACCGAGAUUUGGAGGCGCUACCAGGAGGCACGGGAACGGGGCAUCGACGAACCGCGUCUGUUCGACUUUUUCAAGUCAGAGCUCCCAAGGGCCGCUGCUAAGCCUUUGGCGGUGGUUGCGAACGAGGAUGCGGUCGACGGGGCGCUGGAACCUGCUCUCUUGUCAGAGUCUCAGCUGUUCGGCCGCAUGGCUCUGAGCUCGGCCUGGGAACAGCCGGCCUCUGUAGCCAAUGGUCUUGGAGAGUACGUCAUGCUCCCGUGGCAGAAGUUUGUACAGGAUGCGAAAACAAUCGUGGCUGCACCCGAGGAAGACGUGGCCAUGGAGGGAGGCGUCGAGGCGGAAGCCAAGGCUGCUGUGGUCGCUCAACCCGCGGAGCCUGAAGUGGAGGAGGAAUUCACCCUCAAGGCUGGCACGAAGCGGAAAGCCCCUGCAGCAGACGCUUCUGAUGCUAGCGACAACGAGUCAGAGUCCGGCGAGAGCUCCAUUGACAUUGUCCUGGAGCGGCCAGAAUCCGAGAGGAAGUCAAAGAAGAACGGCAAGACGGAGUCUGGCGAGCGUGAGGCAAAGGUGGCUGCAAAGAGGGCAGACAAGGUGGCGCGGUAUACAGAAGAUUACGACAAGGCCGCAGCCGAAGUACAACGCCUCGAGAAGGAAGUCACCAAGAACAAGGCCGAACCGGUAGAACUCGAGGAGGCGAAGCAGACGGCCGCAGAGAAGCAAAGAAAACUGCAAGGGUACCUGACAGCUAUCAACAACCGCAAGUCCAAGACAGAGAAGAAGGCGGCAAAGAAGGCCGAGAAGGCCCAAAAGGAGGCGGAGAAGAAGGCGAAGAAGGAACAGAAGCGCGCCGCGAAGAAGGCCGCGAAGGAGGCGAAGAAGGCCGAGCAGCAGGAGGCUGAAGGUGCGGACUCUAGCGACAGUGAGGAGGAGGAGACGUUUGACUACAGCAAGGCCACAUCGGUGCUCCAUGCGAACAGGACGGGCAACCGCGGCAAGACGCACGUCAAGCCGACGUUUGACCCGUACGCGAAGACGGGUGACGAGCCGCUCAAGGGCGCGAGAAAGGCGCCGCCUCCGAGAGGUGAGAGGAGCGCUACGUUUAGGAAGUAG